ACAAAAACCUGCAAAAAUGUUUUCCAAUAUCACAAAUCAAUUCACAUCGUUGGUGGGUGCCGUCAAAGGUGGCAACGAAGAAGACGUUCCCGCCUCUGAGGGAGCACCCGCCGCAGCUGCUGCUGCACCAGCUGCCCAACAACAGGAUCCAGCAGCAGCAACAGCUGAAGGUGCCGAAGGCGAAGAAGGCAAAAGCCCCACAUCAUUUGUAGAUUCCCUUUUAAAAGAAACAACCGGUUGGUUAGGCAGUGCCAAGGGUUGGUUAGGCAGUGCAUCAAUACCAUCUAUGCCGGCCAUGCCUUCAAUGCCCACAAUGGCUAUGCCAUCCAUGCCAGCUAUGCCUUCUAUACCAUCCAUACCUGGUCUGCGCAAGGGCGGCGAGGAGGGCGCCGAAGGUGCCGCUGCCGCUGGCGCAGAAAAUGCAGCAACUGUCACCGGUGGUGAGGAUGACGACAAAUCGAGGUAUCUUAGUGCCACAGAGGGAGCUGAUUCAUUAGCAGCAUCCGGUGAUGAGGCUCAACUGGGCGAAGAUGGUCAGAUUGGACAGGGUAAGGCCGAAGAAGUGAAAAUUACCACAAAGGUGACUCAACAGGCCAAACAUUUUGGUUCAUUUUUAUCAUCGGCUUUCACUGAGGCUGGUUCAAAACUAAAAGAAACUGUCAAGAAGAAUCCCAUUAUGGAAUCAUUUAACAAAGAACAAGAAGCCUUUAUUAAAGGCCAGGCUGGCGGUAAUGGUCCAGCUGUUGCCCCCUGGGUUGGCCUAACCAAUGAGGCAAAAAUUAAAGAAGAAAUUAUGGGUCUAUCCCAGGAUAGACGUAACUUUGUACGUGCACCACCGGCUGGUAUUGAUUUUGAAUUCAACUAUGAUACCGCCUAUCCUACCGCCCAGGCCAUUAUGGAAGAGGAUAAGAACCUGGAAACAAUGCGUUUUGAAUUGGUACCCAAAAUCAUCACCGAAGAGAAUUUCUGGAGAAAUUAUUUCUAUCGCGUCUCACUUAUUAUCCAGGCCGCUGAAUUGGGUACCUUGGGUGAAGAUGGUGUUGCACAAGCCUCAAGUGGUGAAGAUGCCAAAGUUUCUAAAUCUCAAGAAACCACCACUUCCGUUGAGAGCUCAAAAUUAAAUUCCCAACAAACAGCAU